AUGACGCUGAAUUGCGCGCGAGAGGCAAAAAAGACCAAAGGUGUUUACCCACGUGCGUGUUGUUUCGCGUUGGACGUUUCGCGUGUGUGUUGACUGCAAAAUCAGCCGGGGAUGGCCUCAGUACCGUGUGACACAUUUCACAGAAACAUCGAUGACAUCAAACGCUGCAAAGAUGACUCCCUGGUCCUGGCAUGCAACAACCUGUAUGGCACUAAGUGGGAGGGCUCGGUGCGCAUCUACGAGAAGCGGGAGGACAUUCCGAGCCUGGAGAAAUGUGUGGCCUCGGUGAACACCGACUCGACCGUGGCCGACAUCGUACCCUUGAACCCGGGCCGCUUCAUGCUGGGCCUCGACUCCGGUGGUGUGGAGAUGAUCCAGCUGGCACAGGAAGAGCCCCGUCUGUUGGACACUGUGUUCUACAAGCGUGAUCACGACAGCGGUGUCACCUCCCUGGCUCUGUCACCCGACGGACGGUGGCUGGCCUCCACCGGAUGGGAUUACGCGAUCAAAGUGUGGGACAUGAGCUCCAUGGAGUGCUCCAAGACAUACGUGACAGCACACUGUGAUGCGGUCUGGAAGGUGGUCUUCUCCACAGACCCCAACGUCUUCCUCUCCUGCAGCAAGGACAGGAAGGUGAAGUCUUGGGACAUGAGGCUGAGUAAGCCGGCCACUGUACUAGCUGACGAUGCCUGUGGCCCAACCACACUCGACUGGCAGCCCCUGAGUGCCAGCAGCUAUGCCGUUGGCCAGCUGUCGGGGGCCGUGGCGGUGCGUGACCUCCGGCAGCCCAAUCAGGAUGUGCUCCACAUGGAGUUGAGUGACAGGCCACUGCACCGAAUUCUCUUCUGCCCGGAAACGCCAAGUUUGUUGGCGGUGUGCGCUGACGACUCGAUUGUGCGAGUGGUUGAUGUGUCGAAGACAGAGGACAACAUCAUCUACAACAGUGAGGAGCACACCGAGUUCGUGCGAGGCCUGUGUUGGACGGGCGAGCACACGCUUCUGUCUGCUGCUUGGGAUGGCCGAGUCCUGCAGCAUUCGGUUGGACCCUCACCUGAGAGUGGAGAUGCGCCACCCUCUGCUGGCGCUCAAUAAUAAACAUAUUUCCUUGUAAAGACGGAACUACUGACUUGGUCUU